GUGUUGUUGAAGGUGAUGCUAUGGAUAACAAUCAAGUAAUGGGUGAUCCCGACAAAGAACCCACAGAUGAAGAGAGAGAUCAAUCUGAUGAGAAAAGAUCUGAAGCCAUGCGUGCUUUCUCCGAGCAGCAGUUUGAUGAAGCUCUCAAACUUUACAAUGAAGCUAUCCAACUGAAUCCGCAGAGUGCUUUACUCUUUGCUAAGAGAGGACAGAUUUAUCUGAGACUGAAUAAGCCUAAUGCUUGUAUUAAAGACUGCACACGUGCUUUAGAACUGAACUGCGACAGCGCCGCUGCUUACAAAUUCCGCGGCCGUGCUUACAGGCUGUUAGGUCGAUUUGAGGAUGCCUCUCAUGAUCUGUGUGAAUCUCUAAAGAUUGAUUAUGAUGAUCAAACCAACGAUUGGCUAAACGAGGUAAAGCCUAACGCUGAAAAGUUGCGCCAACAUAAGCUGAGUGUUCAACGAAAGAAGGAAGAAAAAGAGCAUCGCGAGCUGCGCCGCGCUCGUAAAGCGCAGGAGGCGCGCGCCCGUGCUGCCCGCGCCCAGGCCGAGGCGGCGGCCGGCAUGCCAGGCUUCAUGCCGGGAGGGAUGCCCGGAGGAGGUAUGCCCGGUGCUGGCGGAUUCCCGGGCAUGGGUGGUAUGGGUGGCAUGAACCCGCAGGACUUCGGCAAUCUGCUCUUUGACCCAGAGAUCAUGGCUGCUUUCCAGGACCCUGAAGUUGCUGCAGCAUUCCAGGAUGUGUCGUCGAAUCCGGCCAACUUCGCAAAAUAUCAAAAUAACCCGAAGAUUGCAGCUGUAAUAGAAAAACUACAGACUAAGUUAGGAAAGGGUGGUGUUGGAGCAUUUCCUGGUGGCUUCCCAGGAUUUGGAGGAGCGCCAGGCGCACCCAACAGCGGCCCGAAACCACCAACGGACGACGACGUUGGACUCGACUAAACGCUAUGCAUUGUUGUCAUAUAAAGCGAUGAUUAAUUUUAUGCCGUCAUUAAACAUGUUUAAUCACGUAUCACAACUGUGUAGUGGAUACUUUUUAUGUUUUAAUAUUUCAUUGAUUUUACAAGAUUUUUAUAUUUAUAAUCAAAUACCACCUGCUCGUAAGCAUUUAAUAGAAAGUAAAAAAUGCUUUGUUUUCGUACUUUAUUGUGAAGAGAUGUAUGCGCGAGCAGGGGUGCUAACUGAUAACGUACUAUGUUAUGUAUUAAGAUGCAUUUAUAAGGUUUGGGUCUAAAAGUAAAUGUUCAUUAUUCUUAAGUAUUUUGAUAACAUAACUUGUAAUCCGAUUCAUAUAAAAUUGAUGGAUAGCCAAAGAUAAAAUAGUCUUUCACCAUUCGCCGAAGAUUGCAUCAUAUACGCCUCUCCUUUAUGGCUUCAAUAAAAAGCAAUGCUAUCACUAGACACUACAUUAUGUUUAAUAUUAUAUGUGUACUAUAAAAUAAAUAAAAUUGCAUUAAUACAGAUUUA